AUGGCAGGGAACUUUGGUGCUGGAAGUUCAGCAUUACAACUUCUUGAGCAAUACAAUGAUCAGAGAUUAGAAAAGGAUAAAAAGCUCGAGCAUAUAGAACGUAACAAGCCUACAGAGCAAAAAAAUUACCUAGAUCCAGAUAAAAGAGCAAGUUGGCGUCGUGGUAGUCUAGACGGCGGCAAUAAUGAUUGGAAGAGUUUGUAUGACGAUAUGUUUCAAGAUAACUUACGUAUGAACAAACAGCUACAAGACAAAGAUAAGGAAAUUGCGCUUUUAGAAAAAGUUGUGGUAUAUUUGAGGGACAACAUUGGUGUUGUCAAUGCAAAGUAUAAUGUCAAUAAGAAUAGUACUUUGGAAGAUCUCAAGAAGGUGGUUACAGAGAUAGACAAUGCAAAACAUGAGCAUCAAUUUGCACUACCACCUAGAUCUACAGAAAGGACGAACAAUCAAAGGACAACAGAUCCACUUGAUGACUUCGAAAAUGAAAUGAAAUUGAAGAAAGUCUCAGAAAACACACCUAGACCUACCCCCAGUGCUACAGGAUCAUUUCAAAGUAAUUCCACAAAAACUCAGUCAUCUGAGGAACCAACUUUACCUUCUAGUUAUGCAAAUAAACUAAACAUAAGCCCUAUCCGUAUUACUGAGGCACCUCAAAAUUUCACUAGCCCAGCCACAUCCGUUACAUACACAACUUCAAGAAUAACAAUUUCGUCACCCAGAUCAGUAAGGCAUGAGCCAAAACAAGAUACAACUGCACAAGUACCGGAGUCACCUUCAAGGAGAAUAGUAAGUCAAACCAUAAGAAAGCAGCAAAAUGGUCCUCUGGAAUCGUGUAGCAAUAGUCAGUCGGGGAGAAAUACACCAACUAAGCAUCUAGAAAAGGAUCAAAGUGUUGAUCGUAGUUUUGCUCCAAUGAGUCCACCCAGAACAGACUUUCAAAAACCAAAGGGACAAGACUUUUCACCUAGCUCUAAAGAAAAAAUUGACAACUUUGCUGAGCUAUUGGAGGCAUCGUUUGGUGAAGAGGAAGUUAGUAAACACGACACCCAAAAUGGCCAUCAGGAUUUGAAGAAGUCCAAUGCUAUAAAAUCUCAAGGUUUGCCUAAUGUUACAAUUAAUGCAAGUAUCACAUCUACACCAGUUUCUGCUCAACAACUAGGAUCUCCCAUUAUUGUAAACAAGAAGAAAGAUGUUUUGGUAAAUCAUGACAGCCAGAUGUCGACUCCAGGUACAUCAUCGAUUGUAUCAAGUAUUGUACCUGGUUCAUUGCCUAAUGAAACUCCGUUAGGUCGUGCUGACAAUUUAAGGCAUGAAAGAGAAUAUCUCCCAUCUAAUGAACAAAGACAAGAAACACCAUCCCACAUUAGUCCACAGAAACCCCCGGCAAAUUCACAACAGGGUUUACGAGUUGAUUUAACUUCAGUAAAUAGAGAUAACAGCCUCAGAAGUAACCCUUCGCUAAAGCCUGUUACUUCAGAUAUACCAUUGUUUGUUCAACCAGAGGACUUGGGCACAAUCCAGAUACAGAUACUAAGUACCCUGUACAAAGAUCCAGAAAUUAAUUUUCAAGGAGAAGAGAAUUCAGUGUUAUUCAGUGUCAUCGAUCGUAGUUCCAGCCAAGAGAUGUUUAAAUUCAGCAAGUCUUUAAAAAAAUUAAGAGAGUUAGAUGUGUAUCUGAAAUCUCAUAUACCGUCUGUAUCCAUUCCAGAUUUGCCGUCCGAACAACUGUACAAAUCACUGUUACCUGUUAGGGUAGAUCAGAGAAGAGAAAUGCUAAAUGGAUAUUUUUCAAGUUUAGUGAGUAUUCCGAAUUUUCCCGUAAAUGUUGGUUUGAAAAUUGCUGAAUUUAUUAGCACGGAUACGGUAAUGACACCUCUGACUUUAGGAGACACAUUAUAUGAAGGAAGGCUACUGAUGAGAAAACCAAAGGCUCUCGGUGGUGGCAAUACUUGGAAGUUAAGGUAUGGUGCGCUCAAUUCCAAAACUCUUCAGUUGUUAGAGAAUGAUCAGAUAAUGGAACAAGUAAAAGUAAGGCAAGUGUCUUUAGAAAUAUUGCCGAAUCUACCUGAUGACAAAUUCGGCACAAAGAAUGGCUUUCUUUUAACUGAGCAUAAAAAAUCAGGUUUGUCGGGAUCAAACAAAUAUUAUUUAUGUACUGAAACUGCAAAAGAGAGGGAAGGAUGGAUAUCAGCAUUGCACGGUUUACUGGAUCCUAAUUCUAGUAACUUGGCACCCUCAACUUCAAGUAUUCGUAGUGGAAGUAAUCAUACUGAUAACAUUUCUUUCGGUAGACCCGAUUCUUCUAAACCUGAUCCGCAUUACGUGACAGAUUUAAGCAACCAUCGUAACAGCUAUAAUAUUGAAACAGCUAGCAACUAUAGUGGGAUAUCUUCUCCGUCUGGUAUUUCUGAACAGAAUGAGGGUGCUGAUGAUGAAAGAGAAUCAAGGCGUAUGAAAAUGAGAAGUAUAUUCCCAUUCAAGAAGAUAGCUGGAGGAGUUUUCCCCCAUGAUGAGGAUAGAGACACUGAGAAUGAUAGUUUGAACAAAAGUGUGGAAACAUUUGUCACAUCAAAUAAUGAUAACUACUCCCAAAGAUUGGUGGAAUCGACACCUUUACCUGUGUCUUUGAAUACAGUUUUUGGUGCUCCAUUGCAGAAAUCUAUGCAGCUGAGCUCGAAGACAUAUCAACGUCAAUAUCAUUUACCAAGUAUAGUGUACAGAUGUUUGGAGUAUCUUUACAAAAAUCAUGGUAUUCAAGAAGAAGGUAUAUUCCGUUUAAGUGGGUCAUCAACCUUGAUAAAGCAGCUACAGGAAAAGUUUGACCGUGAGUAUGAUGUUGAUCUAUCAAAUUUUAAUAACAAACUCGAGGGUGCUGGCAAUGAAGAUGACAGUAAUGGUGGGCAAUUCAUUAGUGUAAACACUGUUUCAGGUUUAUUGAAAUUGUAUCUGAGACAGCUUCCGCAUCUGAUUUGUGGUGAUGAUGAGUAUGGCUAUUUUAAAGGUGUUGUUGAUAUGAACCAUGACAACCCUGCCAAGAUAGCUCUAGGUUUUCGUGAUAUUAUUGCAAGUGGCAAGAUUCCUCACCAAAAUUUAUCUUUAAUGUACGCUCUCUUUGAAUUGCUACUACGAAUCAAUGAAAAUAGUCGCUAUAAUAAAAUGAAUUUGAGAAAUCUAUGUAUUGUUUUCUCGCCAACCCUUAAUAUUCCAAUAGGUGUCCUACAACCAUUUAUUGUGGAUUUUGCAUGCAUAUUUAAAGGAGCAGAUCCAAUCCCAGACUCUUCGAGAGAGCAAAUUGAUAUUCAUAUACCGAAUGUGUGA